AUGCGUAAAGUGCCUCCCAGACUGAGGUUGAUAAAGAAAGAGGUUUCUGGAGGGCUCCAGGUGAGCUGCCUGGCGUUUGGUUUCUACCCCCGCCACAUCAACCUGACCCUGCUGAGAGACGGCCAGCCAGUGGCAGAACAGGAGCUGGCAGGUGGGGAGGUGCUGCCUAGUGGAGAUGGGACCUACCAGCUGAGGAAGAGUCUGGAGGUCAGUACUGAGGAGCUAAAGAAGAGACACAACUACACCUGUACUGCCUCUCACCUCAGUCUGGACAACAAGCUGGAUGUCAGUUGGGAGUCUGGGGCAGAGAGAGUACACCUAUCCACACUCUCAGGUCUACUGGUGAUGGUUCUGAUUGUUGUUCUAUUGGGCAUUUUCAUUUGUGUCAAAAGGAGGUGGAGAUGUAUUGCCUCCCAGUCCAAAUUUUCCAACAUUGAUGCAAAAGUGUCAGAGGAAAUUAAUCUUUCUUCAGAUUCUGAGACCUAA